AUGCCUGUUCAAAAGCAAGGAGAGGAAGGUGUGCGUGCGAUAGAUGACUGCAACGGAAGUGAGUGCAAGCGCAUCUGUUUCUUGGAUCUUGAUGACACGUUGAUCCCGACGACGUGGUUGCGGACGGAGUUUUCGAGGUUGCAUUCUUUCGCCGCGGCUGCGGACGAAUUGUACCUCUAUAGUUCUAUCAAACAAGGUCUUGACCGGAUUGUGGCGGGUCAACGGCUGGUGAGUGGGGGACGUAAGUUGGGUGCGAGGAAGAGCACCAACGGGUCACAGGUCAGUGGGUCACAGGUCAGUGGGACUCGUUCGCCAGCCACUUCAUCAACAGAGGCGACGAUUGACUCCUCAUCCCGCGAGUUGGAGGGACAAGAAGGCGCUAUGGAAACGAUUGAUGACUUGGUAAUUGAGUUCGUGCGCACGAUCCAGGCGAAACAUGACGUAGUGGUCAUUGUAACAAAUGCUCGGUCCUAUGCCUGGGUGCAGAUGUUUAGAGUUAUCUUUCCCAAGUUAGCAGAAACGCUGAACGAGAUGGGGGUGGGAAUCAUCAAGACGGAACCGCGCACCGCGGAACCCGACGGAGAAGUGUAUCCAGAGGAGUAUUUCCAAUAUUGGUGUGAUGCAAAGUACUAUGAGUUCAAUAAAUGCAUCGAAGCCAACCCCAGUCACCACUACGAACUUACGUGUGUUGGAGACAAUAACUUCGAGCAUUUCGCUUUCAUGCAACUUUGCAACCAUCUUAAGCCAACAUUUGCUCAUGUUAUCAAAUGCACUUGCGGUCUCGGCCCACAACAAUUCGUUAAACAACUACGCACCAUGAAUCAACGAAUGACCGUCGCCAACUAUCGACUAGGCCUUCAGAAACUAACACCUCACGUAGAGGCCGUCACAUGGAUGUACGACCGCUGUACUCCAAGAAGUGAAGUGCUACGAGGGCGCGUUAAACCUCUUCGAGACAACGACAAAAAGAAACCUGCCAGAACAGAUGAUGAUUCCAGUAACGAGAAAUCUACCGACGAGAAAUCGGCCGGGAUCAUUGAAAGUGCCGGCAUCGAUGAUUCUACUGACGAUCUUUCAACAACAAAGAGCGUGCUCGGUAGAUACAGACAUAAACUCCGACGCUUCCUGAUCCGGAGCAUGCUCAGCUUAGACGACUCCGGGUGA